GUGACUACUUCCACUGAACAUGAGAAGACUCUCCCGCUUCAAACCCCCGAACCAGCACACCCUUUGAUCGGACCAAAGAGAGGAGUCAAAUAUCAGGUUUAUCCUCUAAGGCAGCUCACUCAAGACGAGUCAGAUACUUUGCUUGAAACUCUUCACCAAGAUGAAUUCGGACCUCAUGUUUGCCGCGUUGUGAAUGAUUUCCAAGGUCGAACAUUGCGAGAAGCCUUCGACCACCACAUUCGUGUCAGAGACGAAGACAAGACAAUACACCCGUACUGUUUCGUUGCUCUUGGAGAGGCAUCUUCCAGAAGUGUCCUGGUGGUGUAUCUCAAAGCACCGGGAGCCAACAGUGAAUUUGUUGUUGGUGUGAGCCGGUGUGGUAUCGACGAAGCCGAUCUCAUGGGCGCCAACUUGGACGUGGGCGACAUCAGCUGGAUUGAGUACAAAGAAGCAGAAGAGGAGAGGUUUGGAAGCGAGAGUCCGUACACCAACACACGAUACUAUGCCCGGGAUCCUCGCGAGCCAAAGGAUGUUGAUUCUCAUAUGACCGUGUAUGCGUGUUUCAGCAUUGUAUCCAGACCGCUGCAGUUCGUAUCGAUACUGCAGCCAGGCUGGGCAAGACUUCCGCAAGAUCAGCGUCGUUUCAACCGUCCAGCAGAUGUCGAGCGAUUUAACGAUCCAUGGUCCGAGAUCAGGAGUCUUUUUCCACGGAUCUGUCAAGUCAACAAGACAGUGCAGAGACAGAUCUUGCUCGUGGCAGAGAAGGAGGACAUCGAUGCGGACGAAGGCAUGUCGAUCCAUCGUGUCUUAUGGGAUGCCGAGAAGGAAUUGAGCAAUGUACCGAACAACAGUGAUCAGACCAAACAGCGAGCAGUCAGAGCGAUCAUGCCUGAGCUCGAGUUUCUGGAGUGGACUCGAGCGUCAGCAGCGCUGAAGCGCCUGGAUGAGCUCGUGACAGGUAUGGCCGGAAAUUCGGUCUGA